UCGAACCUCAGUUCUAAGCCAGAAGUAGAACAGAAAUUAGGUUCAGCGGAGAGCGAUUAUAUCACUAAUUUAUAUUCCAGAAUGAAUCACCACGGGUCGAGUUCACACUUAUGGCUGCUUAUCUCGAUGGUCGUUAGUGGAGUUUGCCUGGGAAAUGCUCAGGUUCCCUUCCCCGGAAAGUGCCCAGAAGUCAAACUAUUGGACGCCUUCGAUGCGGAAGCGUACAUGGGCGUCUGGUACGAGUACGCCGCUUAUCCGUUUGCUUUUGAGAUCGGAAAGAAAUGCAUCUACGCCAACUACAGUAUCAUUGACAACAGCACCAUUUCUGUAGUGAAUGCGGCCAUCAAUCGAUUCACCGGACAGCCCUCGAAUGUGACUGGAAAGGCCAAGGUCCUCGGACCUGGUCAGUUGGCAGUAGCUUUUUUCCCAGGCCAGCCACUAACGAAGGCCAACUAUUUGGUAUUGGGCACAGAUUAUGAGUCAUAUGCCGUCGUCUAUAGCUGCACCAGUGUUACACCCUGGGCCAAUUUGAAAAUCGUUUGGAUCCUAACUCGUCAGCGGGAACCUUCGGCGGAGACUAUAGCUAAGGCCAAAAAUAUCUUGGAUGACAAUGAGCUAUCGCAGGCAUUCCUCAGCCAGACGGUUCAGAAGAAAUGCCCCCAAUUGGAGGGCAAUGGCACCGAGUUAUCCGCAGAAGACGACCUCGAUGUGGAUGACUUUGUAACUACCGUGGUGCCAAAUGCCAUCGAAAAGGCAUGAGAAUGGCUUCGACGCUUCUACGAGCGUCUCUACGACAUUUUUAUGAACUUCUUAAGUUACUAAAUGUUCUGUUAUUCAAGUGUACAUAUAUCGAUUGUUGAAUCUUCUUUAAUGUAUCAAUUAUAAAUAGUUGUUAUUGCAGGGAAUUAAAACGAAGAAAUCGAUCGAGCUAUAA